GCUAAAAGUGGACCUCUCUACACACACAUGCUCCCACCCACACCCACACACAUACACUGCACAGGCUUUCUCCAUCCUUCCCCUGCCUCUUUGUUAGGUUAUUUUAGACAGAGCAGCCUCGCCCUGGCGCAGUCCGAUUGGCCCUGAUGGGGACAAGGCAAGAGAAGUAAGGGGCAGAGUGCACCUGCCGGUGAGGGCAGGUGUGCCCGGGUGCUUGGGCGUACGUGCAACGGCGAGCGUGCAAGUGUGGAGCUGAAAUUGUGUACGAAUGUGUGGAGUCUAAGUGUGCCAGUGUGUCGUCGCGAAGGUUUGUCAUUGUGGGUGUAUGUGACAUUAUACACCAGUAUACCAGCUUGCCAGUAUCUGGACUCCCAAGUGUCCAAAAUGUUGCUGGUGUCAACUGAAUGCCUGAGAAUGUGUCCGAUUGUCAUUGUGCGAGCCACUGUAAGGGGAGGAAGGCAACCUAGUGCAAAACUGGGAGGUGGGCUGGAGAGGGUGAGGACAGAAAUGGGAGCUUAGCUUGCUCCCAGCUCACUGGCCUUAGGCUCCCUUCUCCCUUUCAGCCCACCCCUCCGUCCUUCCUGGGCGUCCGUCUCCCACGCUGCCACAGUCAGCGCUGUCCUCCCCACUGGGACCCCGCAAGCUCUCCAGCCAGCUUGGGUGUUUUCUUCUGGGAGUUGGACCGGGUUCCCGGAAGGGGUCGGAGGCUAUGUCUUGGCGUCUGCUCUCGCCGGACCGGUGGCGGCUUCUCUGCCCCUCCUAGCCUGGGGGAGUCACGGAGGACUGGGCCGGAAAGGGUGACUCCGAUCCCCGCUCCUGGCCCUCACCUCGCCACCUCAUUGAUGGGCAACCAACUGGACCGCAUCACCCACCUCAACUACAGCGAGUUGCCCACAGGGGACCCGUCGGGGAUUGAGAAGGACGAACUGCGGGUCGGGGUCGCCUAUUUCUUUUCGGAUGAUGAGGAAGACCUGGACGAACGCGGGCAGCCCGACAAGUUUGGCGUGAAGGCUCCCCCGGGUUGCACCCCCUGCCCGGAGAGUCCCAGCCGCCACCACCACCACCUGCUGCACCAGCUGGUCCUCAACGAGACUCAGUUUUCCGCCUUUCGGGGCCAGGAAUGCAUCUUUUCCAAAGUGAGCGGCGGGCCUCAGGGCGCCGACCUGAGCGUCUACGCGGUCACCGCGCUGCCAGCGCUCUGCGAACCCGGAGACCUGCUGGAGCUGCUGUGGUUGCAGCCCGCCCCGGAGCCGCCCGCGCCCGCCCCACACUGGGCCGUCUACGUGGGCGGCGGGCAGAUCAUCCACCUGCACCAAGGCGAGAUCCGCCAGGACAGCCUAUACGAGGCGGGCGCGGCCAACGUGGGCCGGGUGGUGAAUAGCUGGUACCGCUACCGCCCGCUGGUGGCCGAGCUGGUGGUGCAGAACGCCUGCGGCCACCUGGGCCUCAAGAGCGAGGAGAUCUGCUGGACGAACUCGGAGAGCUUCGCCGCCUGGUGCCGCUUUGGCAAGCGGGAGUUCAAGGCGGGAGGGGAGGUGCCGGCCGGCACGCAGUCCCCGCAGCAGCAGUACUAUCUCAAGGUGCACCUGGGAGAGAACAAGGUCCACACUGCCAGGUUUCACAGCCUGGAAGACCUCAUCCGCGAGAAGCGCCGCAUCGACGCCAGCGGCCGCCUGCGAGUGCUCCAGGAGCUCGCCGACCUCGUGGACGACAAGGAGUAGCCGCCUAGGGGCUGCCGGCCCCUGUGCCUCCCCACACUUCGCUCCCUUCCCUUCCCCGCACCCGGACUUCGCAGUUGGCGGUUCUCAACCCCUGUCCCCCAAGCGCGUCCGUUGCGGGUGUCCCGGGCCCGGGCUGCACCCCCGCACCCCCCAGCCAGCGGCAGGCAGUCUCAGGAACUGCCCCAGGGCCGAAAGGGCGCCGCUGCGCGCGCCUGGCCGACAGCCACGGUGGUGGUGACGGUGCUGGGAGACCCCGCGUGCGCUUUCCCCUUGAGAUGUAAACCGGGAACGGAGAAGGGGCUGAGGGGAGAAAGGAUAUGGCCUCCCCCACGAGUCCAUGGGCAGUGACUGUGGCCCGACCCGAAAACGACCCUCUUCUCAAAAGGGACCAUCACCGCCCCGAGCGCGCGCACAGAGACCGGUCGGAGGCGAGAAUUGGUCUUUUCAGGGCACAGUUCAGCUCCUCUGUGGAUGCGUCCCCAGAUCGCAGGAUUUCCAAGAAAUCGAGCCUGUCCCUUGUGCACUUGGGAAUAAUUCCCCAAGACAGCACUUCGGGAUUCCGGGUUAUCCUGAGGCUGCCCGGGACUUUUCCAGCUCUCCAGCCCCAGGUCUCCUGACAUUGUGUUCCAGGCUGCGGGCUAAGCCAGACAGUGUUUGCCUCCCGUUCUUUCCACCGAGGGAAGCGAACGCCACCCCCACCCGCCUUUGCCUCCAAGUCUCCCUCGCUGGCAGAAGGGAAGCCGACCUGGUCCCGGGAGGAAGAUGGCGCAGCGAUUUCGGUGAGGACAGCCGGCCCCGCCCCCGACAAGGAGCUCCCUCGUUCACCUGGUGUCUGGGAACUUGAAUGUGUGAAGGGCGCUAUUGUUCUGAACCCUUGAUUGCUCCCUCCUCGGGCUGCGUUUCAAAAAUAGUCAUAUUUUUAAAGGAGUUGGAGGAGAGGGAGGGGGAGGACAUGGCACCAUUCCAGAAACCAGCAUUAUUACAACACCAUAGCCAGUAUAUUUAGUUUGGCUUUUCCUAACAUAGAAAUCUUCAAAGGUGGGGCAGUGGAAAUAAAGUUUUAAAAAUGAGAGAGCAGUUUUCCAACUAUGUCAACAAAGCCUAUCGUGUUGAUGUUUUUAUUGACCAUUUUAGCAACAUGCUAAUAAAAUUUCAAAUUGAAAUUUUUAUUUUCAUGGCUUUAAUCCAUGAUAGUUUAAAUAUUGGGGGCCAUUAAGAGUGGAUGUAGCUAAGAGCUUAGCUAACAUUGCCUUUUCACUCUAUUUUUCUCAAAUAUUAUAAGAAUUCUGUUUUUGAAUAUUGUUAAUUUUUUGGCUUUCAACAGCAGCCCUAGUAAUGGUGGAGUUGUUAAUUAAUGUGUAUAUUGUACUGAAUUUCUGUCAGUUAAGGGGUUCACUGCUUUGGUGGAAAUUGGUGGAAAUUGCUAGCAGGUUCCAUGAUGUUUAUUUUCUCCAUGUUGUAUAUCAUUACCAUUUCACAUUUGCAUUUCUAUUUUUCUUCCUCUCCUCCUGAUCUCCUUAAAAAUGAAUCUAGAGUUGGUGGCUUUUUCCCCCUCCUCUUUAGCCAGUUCCACAGUUCAGUUCUUCCUGAAAACAGGGAAGAACUUGUAGGAUCAGGCAAAUGUGUGUUUUUCAAAAACUUAGGGCUGGGUGUGAAACCCCUUCUGUGGACAAGGAUUUGUAAACUUCUCUCCUCCCGCUGUGGCCCCAGCCUAACUGAUAGUUACUUGAUUCAGUGUGUUAGACACUUAUAGCAUCUAUGUCUCUUUCAAGGGAAUUUGUCAAAUAACGCUGUUUAACUAAUUGUUGCAAGCAAUUGCAUAUUAACAGCUGUGAUUUGAUUGGACAGCAAGUAUUAUGGCCAAAGCCAGUUUCUUGGCAUUUCAAAAAUAAUGCAAUAAAAACUAGUUGAGGUUAGCUGAGACUGGAAAUGCUUUUUUCAUGGUACAUGAUUCACUUCUAUUUUUUCUUUCUUUUUCUUUUUUUUUCUUUGGUUUUCAUCCUGGAUUCAUCCCCUGAUCUUAAAUCAAAAGGUCAGAUCAAUGAAAUAUGAACUAAAGUAUUUUUCUUAAGCCUAUUGAGUGAUUUAUUUUUAAAAAAAUGUUUAAACGCAUAUGCUUUUCUUUCAGCACAAACAGCAAAACUUUUGUAAUAACUAACUUACCUUUGCAUGUAUGAAGAACUGAAAGUCAUUUAUUUCCCUAACUUUUUCCUCUUUCAAAUAACAGGUGACAGAUCAUAAAAUGAAUUCUUUAUUGUAUCUACACACUCCACAUUCUUUACCGUGUCCUACUACUGUAUCUUGGCUCCCUGCUGUAUUAAACACCAUCUUAAGCACUUGUUCCUGCAGGACUCCUUCUUGACAUUUUGUCUUCCACCUCAAAGUCACUCAAAGGGUGGGACUUCAUCAAAAGAAAUGAAUUAUUCUCUAUCACACCAAAUACUAAGAUUUAUUUCCUCUGAUGGUACACAGAUUUCUCCCUCACUAAGAGGGUCACUCUCAUAGAGGAAUGUCUUGUCAGUUUUAUACUUGCUAAGGCUAGACUGACAAUAAAAAUGAGUUGGGCAGUUCAAUUAGCAUUCGUUACUAUAUUGGCCUAUAAAGGAUUGGGUUGAUGAUAAUACCUCUACAAAUAUGCAAUAACAAAACAAUAGUUAUGAAAGAAACUUGAAAGUUUUGCAAGGUUUCUCAUAUUCCUGUUGAAAUUAUCAUUUAUUAUCUCUUUGUCAAUGUUAGUAAGGUAACCCAUGACAGAAUAAUUUGAGUGAUAGUUCAUGAUGCAGAGGAUAUGAUCACGAUAUUACCUAAUGGUUUUAUCCUGGAAAAGGUGUAUAUUUUUAGGACAUUGUUAACAAUGUGAGUGAAACCAAGAUGGUGCAAGUUCCCUUUCCAGAUGGCAUGGGCACACUUGAUUUUUAUUAUGAGUGAAUGUAAUCUUUCUGUAUUUUACCAGUUACAGAAAUUACCUGAAAAGUUUCCUAACAUUUUAAUAAUGUUAGGGGUUUAGUUUUGGUUUUAGUUGUCCUCAAGAGACCACAGCUUCACAGUAAUUUCCACGGUGUUGGGUGUGGCUAAGUUGGGGAUUGGCUCUGUUCUGCCUGCUCCAGUGUAGAGAACAGCUAUAUUUAUACUGCAUUCUUUCUCAACUUUCAGGUAGUAAAAACAAACUAUGAUUUAACAAAAGAAAAAGAAAAGACAGGUACUUUUACUUCAAAGAGUGCUUUGGUCCACUUUUAUUUAAACCAAAAAUCAAAUAAAAUAAGGAGGAGGGCUGGGUAUACUUUAAACAAAACCAGUCCUGAAAUGCUGUUAUUCUCAAAGUACAUUCCAAAGAAAAAAAAGUAUAGAAUUUACAUAUGUUGCAUUUUUAAGUAUGAGUUAAAUUGAUAUAAAGUGUUCCUCAAUAUUAAAAAAUGUAAGCUAUUGUAAUGACAGUAUUUUAAAAAAAUAAUAAUAUAUAUAUAGUUAGGAAACGCUUGUGCCAGAUUAGAACAUCAAGCAUAGAAGCAGCUGUAUGAUUUACUUGUUUUUUUUUUUAACUUUAAUGUUUACCUUCCCCUAUGUUUAAUUUUUCUGUGGUGAAUACUUUUGUUAGAACAUGGCUUUUUUAUUUUUCUUGGAAAAAUAUGCUAUUAGUAUUUACAAAAUAAUGAUUUACCUGAAUAAGCAGUAUAUACUAAAAGUCUUCAAACAUACUUUAUUGACUACUUAUGUUUUGUGGUGCGCUUUCAACAUCCCUAAGAGUUAAAUGUUUUAGUCAUCUAAUAAAUGGAACAGGGUCAAGUUCCAAUGAAAUUAAUACUAAUUGCACAAUCAUAAUACAGCAACCUAAUUUUCUUUUAUUCAUAGGCAUAUCUUUAAAGCUUUCUUUUCUUUUUUGAACAAAUGAAGAGAAUCCAGUUAGUUUUUGCCUUUCAGAGGUGAUUUGCCACGUGCACAAUGGGUCUGUAGGUGAAAAGACAGGCUUUUGUGUUGCUUGAAACAUCAAAAACUGAAUUUAGAGAAUGGUUAUCUAACACUCAAGUCAAUGUAUUUUUUUUUUUGAAAUUACUAGCUGUUGGUAUAAUAUGCAUAUAUGUACAUGUUUACAUAUACAUAAACAUGUGUACAUUUACAUAUAUGUAAGUACACAUUCAUAUACAUAUAUACACAUGUAUAUAUAUCUGUGUACACAUAAAUUUUUGCCUAUAGCUAGCAAUUAUUUCAUUCAGAUACACACACACACACACACACACACAUACAGGCUACUUAAAAACAAAAUGGAGAGUGACUUGAGAUAUACAAAAACAGGAAAAAAGCCCUGGCAGUCAUAUAGCUAAUGUAUAACUGGACAGCAAGCAGCUACUCGUAAAGCUAACAAUAAACAAAAAGAAAAUGUGGGAGUUAUGCAA